AGCUCCACCACUGCCGGCGGCCGGCGGCGACUCGCCGUCGUGCCGCUCCGGCCACCCACUCUACCCCGCCCGCAACCCGUCGUCCUCCUCGGCACAGCCCACCGGCGAUCCUCCGCCAAGGACGGCGGCGCCCUCGACGCCCAGAGACCAUCACCACUGCCUGUCCGGCCGCUGCCGGCGGCCACCCCUUCUAAUCCCAUCGGCAUUGAUUUCCCCCAGAUCCCCCAGCCCUAACCUAACCCCGAACUCUAACCACGUCCUUCGUUCGUCGCUAUGGGCCAGCGGCGCACGUUCGCCAUAUAAGAAUUUUGCCUCACACAACCGUCUGACAACUCCGGCACCCACACACAUUUCCAAGUUAGCACCAAGUUAGCAGAUGAUGUAAGAAGCAAUGAUGGCAUAGCAUGCCUUCCAAACAAGUCGUUGAAUGUCGGAGCAAGUUCAUUCGGUUCCAAGAACAAUAAGGACGGGUUACAAGCUAUCAGCAGUCAGCAUGGGAAAAUGGGUGCUGAUUCAGAGUCUGGGAAAGCUGAGGGUGGUUUACAAGCUAUCAGCAGUCAGCAUGAGAAAAUGGAAGCUGAUUCCAAGUCUGAGGAAGCUAAGAAUGGCUUGGAAGCUAUCAACAGUGAGCAUGAGGAAAUGGAAGCUGAUUCCAAGUCUGAGGAAGUUAAGACUGAUUCUGAUGGAUCUGGCCAAGAGAAGGUGUUCAAGAAGCCAGAUACGAUUCUGCCCUGUCCUCGCUGCAACAGUAUGAACACAAAGUUCUGCUACUUCAACAAUUACAACGUGAACCAACCCAGGCACUACUGCCGGGGCUGCAAGAGGUACUGGACUGACGGAGGAACUUUGAGGAAUGUCCCUGUAGGUUGCAAGCGCAGAAACAGGAGACCAUCUAAUCGCCAUUUUGCCAUCCAGCCAUAUGAUUAUUCCAUAGCUGCUAAUGGAUAUGUCGCUGCCACAUCUAGCUCCCAAUCUCAUGCAAUCAAGCCAUAUGUCCUUCCAGGUCCAUCAAAAGAAAAUGAAGCAAUUACAACUUCUGGAUCAGAAAUGGUGCUUUGUAAGUCUAUAUCUCCAGCACCUAAUACUAAAGAGCAGAAGAACAACACCCGUCUUGUUUCCUUGGGCUCUGGCGACGACAAGGAAGAAAAAUCAGGCCUAUCAUCUGCAGUGGUAUCUGGUUCCUCAGACAAUUCAGUGCCAGAAAAGGUGGGCAAUUACAUUUCAGGGUACCGUAAUGGCGUGAAAGAGCCUCCUCCCCACACUCAGUCUUACGCUGCUGCUGUCACGGCAUACGCUCAGCUCUCAACAGAUGGUACUCAUGGGUUGGUAAACAGUGAGGUCAGUCCUCUUUCAUUGCUGCUAUCAACGAUGUCAGACCUAGGAAUUCGUGCACCCGCUGUUCCCUUCCCUCAACCUCAAGUGGCACCUUACUGGAACCGCAUUCCUGGCUGGCCUAAUGGAGCGUGGAGUGUGCCACGGCCUGGAAGUAGUGUCACUACAAUGCCAUAUCUUCCUCAAAACAGUGUUGCUCGUUCAGGAAGCAGUUCUUUGACUUUGACUUUGACUUUAGGAAAGCAUCCUAGGGAAGCUAAUUCGCAGGAAGAAGAAAAGGCAGAAAAGACAUUCUGGGUUCCUAAAGCGCUCAGAAUCACUGACCCAGAGGAGGCUGCAAAGAGCUCAAUCUGGGCCUCUCUAGGUAUCAAGCCUGAUGAGAGACUCUUUUGCAAGUGUUUCCAGUCAAAGAAUCCGAAAAAUGGCAAGACACCAGAAUCUGCACAGGCUCUGCAGGCCAAUCCAGCGGUGUUUUCUAGCACUCAGACAUUUCAGGGGAGGACCUGAGAAGCUUAUAGUUUGGUCUUUAUUGCGCAUCUGUGAUAUCAUUCCGCAAAUCAAGCAGCAGCAAAAGAGGAUACCGGAGGAUGGUCAAUGUUCCUUCAAGUGUUCUUCUUGAAUUGAUGUGCUGGUAAUUGCAGCAAUUCGACAAUCAACUCAAACCUGGCAAAGACUUCGCCAGUUUUCCUUUCUUUUUUUUUCUGUCGAAUAUUUAGUUUGGUCUGAAGUUUCUGAUUGCUCAGAGUGCUGCUUAUGUAAAUACUUUAGGCCUGUGAGUUCAUGUCUAGAAAGACUUUGUAGCUAUGUUGAGGUCAUGGAGUGAGGUAACUUUAGGUUCAUGAGCGCAUGCAGAGGGAGAAUCACCAUUGCUUGUAUAUGGUUCUGCUGGAGUUCAAAACCGUAGCCAGAGAUGAUAAAUA